CGACACCAACAUCAACAUCAACAUCAACAUCGACAACCACCGCAUUUUCCAUCACCAGCAUCGUCUCUACCAUCUAUACCGCUCUCUACGUUGGAUAUACAGAUCACAAAACAGACACAGAGACCGCACAAUUGACUGCAGAGACCUUCAUCAUGGCUGCGAUGGGAGAAAUGCUGCCGACUCUCUCUCCUCUUACUAGCCAGCCGCAGUCGUACGACGUCACUGCAGACAUGGACUCUUUCCUCAACCUCGAGCCAACUAUGUAUCCCUCACCUUCGGUCUCGCCUGCUAACUCCGAUAGCAGGACUGCCAGCAAGCAUGGCUUCGUCCAGCAUCAGCAACAACAACCUCAGCAGCAACCACAACAGCAGCAGCAGCAGUCACCUCAGCAGCCUCAAUACACUGCCCCAAGUCACCAAUACACUCACUACACACAACAAACCGGUCUGCCGCCAGGCGGCCUUGCCAACACUAUCGCCCUAAACAACUAUGGCUUCGACCCCAUGGGCAUGGUGCAUCCUGUGGACGGCAUCUAUGGCCGAAUGGGGCAACCGAUGAAUUCGUUGUCCACUUUACCAUUAAAGGACUCGACCGAAAUGGACCUCGAUGAGAAUCUGGCCGAUUCAGACGCCUACAUCGUCCCCUCUCAGGCUAACAAGACUCAGUUUGUUGACCCAAGUGCGCUUGGUGCUCAGGAGAUGCCCCUUUCUGCCGCCGCAAACCAGACUAGACGUGUCUAUCCUGGCAUCCAUCAGCAGCAGGCCGCCAGAGCCAAGGCUGCCCUCCAGCAGAGACAAGAGAUGCUGCAGCGUCAACAGCAGCAGCAGCAACAACAACAACAUCAACAUCAACACCAUCAACAACAACAGCAACAACAUCACCAGCAACAACAACCUUCACAGCAAAGACAAACCCCCGAGGCUCAUCAGAAUCGGCCUCAGAGUAAAUUCAACCGCAACAUGGAUCCGCGCGUGCAGGAAAAGAUCUCCCACAUACUCCAACAGAUGAGACAAAAUAGUGUCAGCAGCCAGGAAGAGACUGAACAGACUAGCAGUCUCCCCCAACCUACUAAGUACAAGAAGGAUGAGCAAGAUAUGGAUGAGGAUGAGCGAUUGCUUGCAAGUGAGGAGGGAAAGAAACUCAGCAGCAAGGAACGACGCCAGCUCCGUAACAAGGUCUCAGCCCGUGCUUUCCGAUCAAGACGUAAAGAGUAUAUUGGCCAGCUUGAAGGCGAAGUGGCUGCCAAGACUAAUGAAGCCAACGAGCUUCGCCAGAAAAACAACGCCCUAGCUCUGGAGAAUGCCAGACUCACCGAUUUCACCCGCAUGCUCCUCUCCUCUUCUCACUUUGCUCCCUUGCUUAACGAAAUGUCUAAGAAUGGCCUUCCACCAAACCUAGGCUCUCAGUCUCAACCUCAGGUCCAAACUCACACCACUCCAGCGCCGCAGCUUCCUAGUCAGCCCACCGUGACCAAGGAAGAAGGCAUCGAACAAUCCCACCAGGAAGUAUCUGUUCCAAACCUACAGACGGGCCUUCCGGUCGUUCCGGAGCAAGGCUUUGACUUCGCUUCGAUUGACCUUAAUGACCAGGGUUGGAACUCGGGCAUUGACUUUAACUUCACUAACCCAUCCGUUUUUGUCGUUGUUGAUGUUCCUACCGGCCCAUCUCUGGAUAUGGAGGCAAUCACGGGCAAGAGCUCCAACUCCGUUGGCCCCGUGAUUCCUGAUGAAACCAAAGAAGUUAUUCCUUCCAUCGACACUGUGUCAUUCGGCAUUCACAAUCUGGAAGCUCCUAAGAAGGAAGCCUCUAUCCCUGUUUCUGCUGCUGAUCUUGACAUCGACGAGAAUGACCCUUGCUUUGCCCUUUACCUUGACCAGCCAUGCACACCCCCUACCUCCGGUCAAAAUUCUGACAAGAUGUUCACCGGUAUCAAGCUAGACGAUAUCUCCUCCAAGAUUGAGCUUGUUGUUGAGGCGUCUUCAUCAACCAGCACUUCCGAUGAGAUCAGCCCUGCCGCAAAGCGCGAUUUUGAAAGAUUGUGCGCCAACAUGGAAGCGUCCUUCCACUACAUAUUCCAAGUCACCUCCAACUUUGACUAACUCCCUUGAACCCUUUACAUUUAUAUAUUACCAUAUUACCCUUAGUCUGAUGUCCGCUACGAAUUUUUUUCCUUGCCAUAUCUUGCUCUAUCUACCUGUACCCGUCAUUGCUUCUCCUGACAUAUUCACAGCUCAUCGCUCACGCUCGCUUUCUCUCCAGGUUUUUCUUUUCCUUUUCCUUUUUCUUUAUUUUGCUUCGGUUACUAUAGAAUUGCAUUCCCUCGUGUCGUUUCGUUUGUACCUUUUCCUUUGUCUGGUCAAACCGGCGUUUUUAUUCGUUCCGUGAGUUGGCUUUCCCGCCCUUAUCUUUUCCCGCUUGGUCAAAAUGCUCCGUUUAUUCGAGACGUCGAUCUGGUCCUAAUUCCUUUUGGUUCCUUUUUCUUUGGUCAAUUCUUGAUUACAUUAUUGGGGCCAAUGUAGGUGGAUCCUGCGUACAGGCAAUAGGUUUCUUGAGAUAGUGAACAAUCUAUUUCAGUUAGUUCAUAUAAACAGUGAUCUUCCACUUCCCGCAUAUUGAUAUUCAGGGGACUUCUUGUCUUAUAUAAGCAAUUCGAUCUAAGUUUACCUUCAAACUCUAAAUUAUUCACAUAUCUUGGCAUUUUGGUAUGUCUAAUUUUUUAUUUUUUAUUU